GCCGAGCAGGGAAACGAACAGGAGAGACAGUCAUGGCGGCGGAAACAAGGGAAGCCAAGACCCAACCUCACGCUCGGAGGCCUUGGGACGGAAACAUACGCGAUGUCGUUUCCCUGUUGGUGUUUUGCCAAGGAGGAGGAGGAGAAAGGAUGCAAAUACUGGCAUGGGAAGAUCAGGACACCAUCGCACUACCGAGAAAAGAGAUCACAGCGCAGGAUACGAUCCAGGAGCGGGAGGCUGGAGGAGGUUCCUCAGGCACAGCUCUUGGCACAACUUCGGCACCCUCGCCUCUCCUCAUAUGGCCAAGGGAUGUAAGUUAUGAACUGGUUUCAAUCAGCUUAGCAGCUGAAGUACUUAAGAUGACACCAAGCCACAUCAACACUCCGCAACUUGUCCAGCUCACACGCAUCUAUGUCCCGUCUUUGCGCAGGCACUUCCAUCACUCCGUGUUUGCGAUUGAGGUCUCGAGUAAACAGUUAGAGAAGGUACUAUGAUAAGAAUGAUGAUGGUCACCUUGAAGUAAGUGAGCUAAAGGAGUUGGUGAAGGACAUUGCUGAGCUCCAAGGACUUGAUGUUACUCCCAAGACACUGGAGGAAAGGACCAAAAAAGCUUUAGAAACUUUUGACAUUGAGGAUGAUUCAAAGUUAUCUCUCAACAACUUCCUUGUCUGCGUUGGUAAUCUACGUUUCAGAGGAACAUCACUACUCCUCCGUGCUAAUAUGUCAAUCAUCCCACAUCUGGUACACAAGUAUGGACCGUCCAGCUCUCAGAAAGUUCGCAGUCCCUUUAGAAGUCCGGCUUCUCCUGGUUUGGAGCGAAAGAAGUUCAGAAAAGGAUCCCAUACAGAUAGUGAAAGGGAUCCGACUGGUAGCUUUGUGUGUGAGAACAGUGCUGUCCGGACAUUUUUCUCAGAUUCAGAGUUAGACCAAGAUGUCGUUAUGAAGUCAGCUGAAAGCAGUUCUCCUGUAGUGAUGGAGCCUUCCAGAGUCAAGAUUCUGGGAGUUACACCCUUGCACAUCACACAGUCAAAGUGCGGCGGUCUGGUCAGAUAACAGACAUUCAUCUUUUGCUGGACAUGGAACGUGCUGGAGAAGUCUGUGACACUGGUUUUGAUGUGGAUGAAAUGGUUCCCUGUGACAGUAAUGGUGAUAUGCAGUCAAGCAGCAUGAUUGCUCCUGAAGUGCCCCAGUUACGCCAUAGGUUUUUUGACAGAUACCAGUCUGUUGAAGCCUUCAACCUGCGGUCACUCCCAAAUGAAAUGAUCACAGCUUUGAGAUUCUUUGAGCAUGAAAAAAGUGGCAAACCUUCCUUAAACUGGGGUGAAGUGGACAUGAUGAAGUUAGGCCAGUAUAUAAUCUCAAUGUGUGCUGCCAUUAAGGAUGUGUUUGAAAAUGAAUCGCGUCUACUGUGGCUUUCUACACCAUGCUAUAUUUUAGGUGACAUACAUGGCAAUUAUCGGGACCUGGUGUGUUUUGAGAAGGCACUUUGGAGGGUUGGUCCUCAUCUGACACCAGCCAACUUUUUAUUCCUUGGCGACUAUGUUGAUCGUGGGGAUUAUGGCAUUGAGGUUGUCUCAUAUUUAUUUGCUCAAAAGCUUCAGGCCACUGGAAAGUUUUUCCUCUUGCGUGGCAAUCAUGAGGUUCGAGACAUCCAGAAAAUGUUCACUUUUCAUCAGGAAUGCAUAAGAAAGUUUGGUGAACGUUUAGGAACAAAUGUUUGGAAUGCUGUAAACGAAGUAUUUGACUGUAUGCCAGUUGCUGCUAUUGUCGAUAAAAAGAUAUUUUGCAUCCAUGGAGGGAUCCCAAAGCUAGAUGGCCAUGUGAAGGACCUAGAAAGAAUUCCGUGUCCGCUGCCAAACCCGGAGUCUCAGAGCAACUUGGCAUGGCAAAUGAUGUGGAAUGACCCAGUGGCGGAUGUGUCAGAACAACUGAUGAACAACAAUGGUUUUGCCUUCAAUGAAAAGAGACAGACAGCUUACGUUUUCAACCAAGCAGCAUUUAAUGCAUUCCUGGAGAGAAACAACUUAACACAUGUGGUGCGAGCACAUGAAGUUAAGCAGGCAGGUUUUGAGAUCCAGCAGAGUGGGCGGCUCAUGACAGUUUUCUCAUCGUCACAUUACUGUGGAGGAAGUAACGAAGCAGCCUGCAUACUGGUGCAUAACUACCGGAUGAGAAUUAUUAGGAUUGAUACAUCCUAACUGGAGAACUGGUUGAUGAAGUUUGUUUACAUAUUAAUUACUCAGCCUAAGAACAGCUUCUUUUGGUGUGGAGUAGCAAUAUUUUGGAAAGAUAUUGUGCAGUCCUUUUGUAAAGAGUUUUAUGAUUACUGGCACAUAGUAAAAAAUUCAAAGAUCAAAGUAACUGCUCAGGUAGAGUAUAUAUAUUUAUAUGAAGUAUGAAAGCAACUCUUAAUAUUUAUUGCAUAGAUUUUCUGUUUAUGAUUCUUUGGUGCAAUUUAUGAGUAAUUUCUUGUCCUUUAUUGCAUAUGAAUUAUUUUAAAGCUUCAGCUAGUCAUUCAUGAAGAAUUUUAUAAAAGUAACCUCAUUUACAUACCAAUGCUGCUUUCAUUACCUUUUUCUCUUUCAUGUUACCAUAUUUCUCCACUUCAAAUUUUAAGUAAAGUAUUUAUGUUAGCAGUAUAUUAUUAUUUGUUGUUUUUUGUAUUGUCAUUAAUAUCUUACAUGUUCCAUCCAUCAUGUGCUUUUUGCCUCAGAUUGUACAAAAUCAGAUAACCAUGCCAUUACUUAGUUACAGGUUAAACUUUACUAGUCCGGCAAACUUGGGGCUAGACAGGUGCCUGAGUAGUAGAUUUUUUAAUUCAGUGAAGCUUAAGUAAAAAGCUCAAUAAAGCAUUGUGCAAGGUACUGUUGAUACCAAUAUAAUGAGUCAUAACCCUAGCUCAGACUUACUGGUCUCUUGUAUGAAAAAGUGAUAGUUCCUUUGGCACAAUUUUACUCAAUACUGUAACACAGUUGGUUCAUGCAGUAGUCAUGAAAAGUAAAGACUGCCAGACUGAAAUCACUGUCCUGAACCAUGGAAAUUGAAUGCCAGUGCAUGUGGGGCUAUUGGGGAGCAACCUGUACCUGUUUUUUCACUCUAAAUGUCACCCACUUUCAUCUAUGGAAUGAUCUGAACUUAUAUUUUUUUCACACUACAGUAGAUGAAGAUGGUCUGAGUUUUGUUGAAAAUUCAAAGUUGACUUUAAAGGACAUGUGUUUUGAAUGUCAAGAUUUUAAUAUGUAAGAAUCACUGUUUUAUCCCAAUGAAGGAGCUUUUCCCAAAGAGGGAAAAUGGGAUGAAAAAAGACAUGUGAAGAGCAAUAAUUUUUUCAAAUAACAGCAGUUUUUGUAUAAGAAAAUGGUGAAACAUUGAAAGUAUUACCAUAUUUUUAGUAUUUUUAUUUUGCUUAAAUGUUUGUGGAUAAGUCACAAGGAGGAAGAAAUCUAAAAUGCCAAAGGAAUUGUUAGACUAUAAAAUAAGUGAAAGAAAAUUAUGUACAAAGUUGUUCAGACUCAGACAGCAUGAUGUAACAAUCAUUUUAAGCCAGUCCUGUGAUAAUUGGUGGUUAGUUUUAGUUACAUGUUAGUGAUUUCUGUUUUCAUACAGGAGAAUUUUAGUUAUGUCCUAUAUAUUCACUUGCAUAAUUGAUAGAGCAAGAUCUUUAAUGCUGAACAAGAGGCAGAGACAUACACUGUUACCUAUACUUUUUGUUGUUCUUUCAGAAUGUAUUUUUUUAGUUACAUUUAGUUUGUGUUAGAAACAAAAAUGUCUUGCCAGAAUACUAGAUCAGAAUUAUUUAUUGAUGUUUUUAGGCAUUAUUGAUGCAUUAUUUGUAUCUUUAUUAUGAUUUAUAAAAAAGCAUCAUUCUGUGUAACAUGUUAUGUAUUUUUUUAUGAUUUACAGAUCCUUGAGGCCAAUACAGCCAAUUGUAUUUUAUCAUGUAAAGGAUCCUUACUGCAGAGGUUACAAUAAUUUGUAUGAUAUAUUUGAUUAAAUGUACACAAGGA